UGAGAGAGAGAGGGAGAGAGAAAAAAAAAAAACCAUUCGAUAGGGUUUUGGCGUUUGGACGGUUUCCAAUUUUUUCCCCAAUCCUUUAACCCUCAUUCUCGGUCAGUCCGUCUAAGAAAUCAGAGAUUCAGAGCAUAUUGAAUUUCGUGAGAAGAAACGGCGCAUGGUUUCCAAUCCCCCAUACCCACUCCUCCGGUCCUCCACUCCUCAGUCCUCCCUCCUACAUCCUUGAGAAGAAGCGGCGCACAGUGAAGUAGCAGGUCGAACUCGAAGUAGCAGUGAGCAGGUCGAACUUCGAAGUAGCAGUCGACAGCGUCGCAGCGGAAGGAAGUAUCAAGCAACUCAGGUGAGGAAGGAGCCUAGGUUUGCUGGAACUACCAUAUCCUAUCUCUGGUUUCAUUGAAGAAAGAAGGGUGAAAAUAAAAGAAAUAAAAGAAUGGCAUCUAGAGAUCCAAUUGUUGAUGUAGGAUCAGCAGUGGAAGCGGUCUCUGUGGAUGAUGAUGCUCUGCCUCUUCAUCAGAUUGAGAGCCUUUGCAUGCGUUGUGAAGAGAAUGGGAUGACAAGACUUCUAUUGACUCGCAUUCCUCAUUUUAGGGAGAUUGUGCUUAUGGCCUUUGAAUGCUCUCAUUGUGGGGAACGAAACAAUGAAGUACAGUUUGCUGGUCAGCUCCAACCUCGUGGAUGUUUGUACCGUUUGGAGGUUCCAUCUGGUGAUCAGAAAAUGCUAAACCGGCAAGUGAUAAAAUCUGAUUCUGCUAGCAUCCAGAUACCAGAACUGGAUUUUGAGAUUCCUCCUGAAGCUCAACGGGGCAAGUUGUCAACGAUAGAAGGGAUUCUAUUGCGGGCUGUGGAUGAACUGCAUGCCCUUCAAGAAGAACGAAAGAAAGUUGUUCCUGAGACUGCUGAAGCUUUGGACCAGUUCUUGAUUAAAUUGAAAUCGUGUGCAACAGGAGAUAUACGAUUCACCUUCAUUCUUGAUGAUCCUGCUGGCAAUAGCUUCAUUGAGAAUCCAUUUGCUCCAUCUUCGGAUCCAUCAUUGACUAUUAAAUUCUAUGACCGAACUCCUGAGCAACAGGAAGCACUGGGAUUUCUUGUGGAUUCAUCACAAUCGGGAGAACAUGAAACACAGAGUACAGUGGAAGCAUCAACUGAGGGAAGAAGAGGUGAUUAUGAUGAAAGUAAAGGAGAGCCACAUGGAUCCAUUGGAGCUGUUGCUGGUCAUCGAGCUAUUGCUCAGGGUAAUAGUGAGGAAGUUGCUGCGGCCUUGUUUAGGUACUCUGCUCCAGAAGAGGUGAUGACUUUUCCAUCAACUUGUGGAGCUUGUGGUGUUAAAUGUGAGACACGAAUGUUUGUCACCAACAUCCCAUACUUUCAAGAAGUUAUUGUCAUGGCAUCUUCAUGUGAUGCUUGUGGUUAUCGCAAUUCCGAGUUGAAACCAGGUGGUCGAAUUCCUGAGAAGGGCAAGUCAAUUACAGUUCGUGUGCAGAGUGUUAAUGAUCUAAGCCGAGAUGUAAUAAAGUCAGAUACUGCAAGUGUGAAAAUUCCAGAAAUUGACUUAGAGCUAGCUAGUGGCACUUUAGGUGGAGUUGUUACAACCAUCGAAGGCUUGAUUACUAAAAUUAGUGAAAGCCUUGAGAGAGUACACGGAUUCACUUUUGGAGACAGUCUUGAUGAUCAGAGAAAAAGCAAAUGGAUAGAUUUCAGGGUGAGGUUGAUCAAGCUUUUGAGCUUGGAGGAACCUUGGACUUUAAUUCUUGAUGAUGCAUUGGCAAAUUCUUUUGUUGCCCCAAUCACUGAUGCCCUCAAAGAUGACCAUCAGAUGACAUUUGAAGAAUAUGAGAGGUCAUGGGAGCAAAAUGAGGAGCUGGGUCUAAAUGACAUGGAUACCUCUUCAGCUGAUGUUUACAAUUCAACAACGAAUUGAGUAAUUCCUCCACAGAGCUGGGUCAAUUUCCUUUUUCUACUCUUGCCCUCCUUUUUCUACUGUUUCCCUUAAUGUAGCACCUAAAAUUUAAUUUAAUUUCCUUCUGGUUCCUAAAAUUUUAAUUGCUUUCUGGUUGGAAAUUUUUAUUUUUCUGAGGGAUUGAGGCUGGCCAAACCAUCUUGUAUGAAAAAAUCCUUUUUUUUUUUUCCUGG